UUUUUUUUUUUACUUUUUUCAUUUAAAUUAAUUGAAAUUACAUUAUGAGUUGGAAGGGCUUUCAAAAAGCAGUCAACAGAUUACCUUAUCAAAUAUUAUCAAAGAAAAGUGAAGCAACCAGGGAUGCUGAAUAUAUACAGUUAGAAAAGCAAUUUAAUGACCUUUCUAAAAUUGUUGGUGUACUUGCCAAGGACGCCAGAAUAUUUCGAGAUAGUGUCUCAGUAUUGUUAUCUAACCAGGCAGCUAUGGCAGAAUAUCUUGCUGUUAUUUAUGAUGCCAGUCUAGGUACACAAGCCCCCGAGGGUACAGUUCAAAAAAGAUUUCAACAGACACCUGCACAACAACUUCAAGCCGUCAAUGAUGCCGAAGCAGCGAUGGUCUAUUGUCGUGAUGAAGUUUUACCAGAAUUGGACGUUGUUGAUCGAAAUAUCAUUCGUCCUCUUCUUGAACUUGAAGAAAUCAUGAAACUUAUUUCCAAAACGAUGACCAAACGUAAUCAUAAACUGAUUGAUUAUGACCGUCAUCGACUUGCCCUUCAGAAACUGAAUAAUAAACAAGAACGAAGCUUUAGUGAAGAAAAACAAAUCUUUAAAGUUCAAUCACAACUUGAAACAGCAACUCAAGAUUAUAACUACCUCAACGAUAUGCUAAAGCAAGAGUUGCCUCGAUUCUUUCAACUCAAGGCUCAAUUUAUUCAUCCCGUCUUUGAGAACCUUUAUAACAUGCAAAGUCGAAUUUAUGGCAUUAUCUAUGCACGUUGUUAUGAAUUAUUGAAUCAAAACUUGGGAUCCUUUGUGACAAAUACGAUGGGUAUUGAAGAAGGUUAUAAUUAUCGAAAAUCACAAAGAGAUGUACGCAGUGAAUAUGAAAAUUUAGAUUUAUUAAAGUCAGGUGGAAAAGCUUGGUUGGCUGUUUCAGGUGGUACGAAUCAUUCAAAGUUAUCAUUACAGGAACGCGCUGCUUUGAAACGUGCAGAAGCAGCCACAGCAGGUGGCUCUCCUGUCAUGGAUAUGUAUACUACGACGACAUCUGCAGCGACGGCUCCACUACCACCUCCAGCUUAUGGACAAUCAGGAAAUGAUGUCACAUUAGAUUCAACACCUAUCUCUUAUGGUAAACAACAGCAGCCCUCUUAUCAACAACAACAACAGCCGCCUUCUUAUCAAGGACAGCCCUCCUAUCAACAACCACAAGCUUAUCCCCCUACAUCACAAUUCGUGGUCGCUCUUUAUGAUUAUACUGCACAAGCAGAAGGUGAUUUAUCUUUUAAGAAAGAUGAUAAGAUUGAAGUACUUGAAAGAACACCAGAUACAAAUGAUUGGUGGAAAGGAAGAUUAAAUGGUGUUAUUGGUGUAUUUCCUGGCAAUUAUGUUGCAGAAAUUUAACUAUAGAAAUUUUGUUUAUUGUUUUGUAUGAUAAUUUUAUGUUUAUAUUUAUAAAAUAUAUGUAUGUAUAAAAAAAA